CACUAACCUGACCGUGUGCUAGUACCCUUCCAGACCAGAGCCUUUCACCACAGCUAAUGACCCAGGGAGGUCACUUUGUACGAGAUUUUGGGACCAUAUAAACUGUAGAACGCGAUUCAGCGUGUUCUUAGCUUUCGUUUGAUAGCUUUUUUUUCUGUUCUUUGGUAUUUUUGACACAUUGCUAUAGACUACUUCCGUUAACGGUGAUACUGCACAUUUUGGCAUUGGAUUUGAGGUUUCUGACACUGGGUUUCUGUAAAUAUAUCCUUUUUAAAAGUUGUUCUUUAAUUUCGUACAGCGUUCUCGCUUUUUUUGUUUCAUUGUCUUGCAAUAUUUCGUUUCUCCUCUUUUUGGUAAUAAAUGGUCCAGAAGGAGCACAACGGGCCACAUCACCGUGCUUCCUCCGCGCCUACCAAUCUCCAUGUCACAACAGAUCAUGCUUCGUCUUCUCGUCCGAAGAAAGCCUUCGGCAAGAAUACGAAACCACCGGUAAUCCGACGGAACAUUGCACCUGUCUUUGUGCAGGAUAACUCGAUCAUCCGGCAUUCGUCUGUACGAAGUGAUAGACCGCAGUUAAUACGUGCGAAGAGGGCGGUUGCGGAGCAAUCUAGUGAAAUUCUGAACGAUGAUGAGUCUGUGUCUUCAGCACAUUCUAUCUCUCCCAUUUCACCAACCGAGCCCAAGGCUGCUGGAGAAACGGACGGAGAAGCAACGGCAAGUGAAACAAAUGGGGACAUUGAUUUGCUCUCCCCUUACAUUAAUGUGUUUGCAAGUGGAUCAUCUCUCUCUGCAAAUCUUAUGCCCCCGAAUUUACUUGCUCAUUCCGCUAGCCUUCCCCCUGGUUCUCAUGCUUCUCUGGUUGCUCAGCUUCAGGGACGCUCUCGUUCUAUCGCUGGUUCUGAUUACAGUAGCAGUUGUUGUAGUGAUCAACACUCGGUGACUUCAACACGACUUGAAGGUAUCUUUGCUGAUGCACCUGAAGCAGGUGGUCAUGAUAAACUUCUAGUCUCCUCUCCGCUCUCUCCUACCCAUGUUCGUUCCGAAACAGCAAGUACAUACGGCACUUUGGGUCGUGAUAUUGGGGAUUUACCUCAUCACAGUCCAGCGUCGUCAUCGUCUUCGGGCGGUAUCCUCGACGGAAUACAGCAAAUAUCACCGACUAUAUUUACUACGUCACCCACAAGUCCAAGACCCAAUUCCUUGGAUAAUGUCUUUGCAACACCUCAUUUACCUUCGGGUUCCUCUUCCUCGUCCGGACUGGCACGGUCAGUCUUCCGUGAUCGAGCAGAGGUACGUUCUGGUAUCCGAUCAGUCUCCGCUACUCAUUCGUCGCAACAUCAUCGACGGAGUAGUUCUGCCACGAAAGUCUAUACAAGUUUUUUUCACAAAUCCCGUUUCUUUCUACUCUUCACUCUUGGCAUUAUAAUUCCCCCCUUCUGGUUGCUCGCAGCAUUGCUUCCCAUUCCAGAGGAACAUUCCUUCAAGAUCACAAUCCGACAUGUGCAAUGGAGGAUGAUUAACCGUGUAUUCUCGUUUCUUGGCGUAGCUCUUAUUUUUCUAUUUAUUGGACUUGGUGUCUCGGGCUCCAGAUCAUCCUCCUAGUCAUUACCCUCGAACUCAAACACAUUGCAUUUCUCGUAUAUACCCUUCUCGUUUUCUGGCUCGUUUUUUAUAUAACCCGUACAUUCUUUUUGCCUUUUCUACGUUCAUAUGAAACAUCUCUUCGAGCACUGAUGCAAGGUAGCCUUAAGAAGUAAUGAAAAAGACUUUCAAACAACUCUGCACACCGGCUUUAUACGGGACUUCGGGACGUCUUAUUAAGGCAAUAGGAAUACAAACCUUAGUAACCAUUUUCCAAAACUUAAUUUUUAUUAACAGAAUUUAAACAAAAAGGAUAUUGUAGGUCGCACUAUUUACUGUGCAUAUUUAAGUUUGCGUUAAGCAAACAAUAUGGCCAGGCAGAUCCGGGGCAGGCCAUGUCAAAAGGAUGAUUUUUCUACAAACGGUCCCAGUUACCAAUGUUCAAAAGAUCACAUCUGUGUUCAGCAUCAUCAGCAGUUUCAAGGUUACCGAUGGUGUAAACAGUUUCUCCGUCUUCACGGAAGAGACGAGCGGCUUCUUCGGCAUGCUCAGCUGCGACGGCCACAACCAUGCCGAUACCCAUGUUGAAAGUACGAGCCAUGUUGGAGGUGGGAACGUUACCAGCGUGCUUCAACCAGCUAAAGACUGGGGGAACAGGGAAUUGUUGAACGUCGAUAACAGCCUUCAAAGUCUUGGGCAACAUACGAGGAACAUUCUCAAUCAAACCACCACCGGUAAUGUGAGCCAUACCCUUUACAAGUCCCUUCUUAAUCACGUGCAACAAGGGCUUGACAUAGAUUCUCGUGGGAGUAAGCAGGGCAGCGCCCAAAGUUGUCUUUUCGUCCCAUGGACAGGUGGACUUGUACUCCAAAUCACUGACCUCGACAAUCUUACGGACCAAAGAAUAACCGUUUGAAUGAACACCAUCGGAAGCAAGACCUAAAAGAACAUCACCGGCCUUGAAGCUGUCGAAGUUGGGCAAAAGUGCGUCGCGGUUGACAGCACCAACAGCAGUACCGUUGGUAUCAUAAUGUCCAUGGGGAUACACACCGGGCAUCUCAGACGUCUCACCGCCAACAAGAGCACAACCAGAUUGCAAACAACCGUCAACAACACCCUUAACGAAAUCUCUAGCAUCGGAAAGAAUAAGCUUGCCAGUAGCAUAGUAGUCCAAGAAGAACAAGGGUUCAGCACCUUGAACGACCAAAUCGUUAACAUUCAUAGCGACCAAGUCAAUACCAACAGUGUCGUGCUUUUGCAUCUCCAAAGCAAUCAUAAGCUUAGAGCCGACACCAUCAGUAGCACUGACAAGCAAAGGAUCUUCAUAACCAGCAGCCUUCAAGUCAAAAACACCACCGAAACCACCGAUGCUGGCGUCAGCACCGGAACGGCGGGUAGACUUAACAAGAUCCUUGAUUUGUUGAACGAAUGCAUUACCAGCAUCAACAGAGACACCAGCGCUCUCGUAGGUUAAACCGUCCUCAGCCUUGUUCUGAGGCUUAAGGGCACGGUGGGCAAUAUCCUUACGAUAAAACAUGUCCUUGAAAUGAAUGUUGGCAACACCCUUGUAAGCACUGUCAACAGCGGAGCGGACAGUGUCGUUGACAGCAGAGACGCAAAUGACACGGCCACCGUUCGUAACAACGUUGCCGUCCUUUACAGCAGUACCGGCAUGGAAUACAUUGACAUUUGGCUCAGAGAUUGGAUCGACCUCAAUAACGUCGCCCUUGCGGUAAGAACUAGGGUAACCGCCAGCAGCGCAAACGACGACACAACUGAACUUAUCCUUAACCUUCAAGUCAAUAGCAUCAAGACGGCGAUCAACACAAGCGAGCAUAAGCUCAGCCAAGUCAGUGUCCAACAAGGGCAAAACAGCUUGAGUCUCAGGGUCACCAAAGCGAACGUUGUACUCAAGAACGACGGGUCCCUGCUUUGUGACCAUCAAACCGGUGAACAAGAUACCGACGAAAGGGUAACCCUCACGGCGCAUGCCAUCAAUGGUGGGUUGAACAAUUGUUUUUUGGAUUUCAGCCAUCAACUUAGGAGUAGCAAUGGGGGCAGGGCAAUAAGCACCCAUACCACCAGUGUUCAAACCCUUAUCGCCAUCCAAGGCACGCUUGUGGUCUUGAGCAGCGGGAAGCGACUUGCAGGUGUAGCCGUCACAGAAGGUAAGAAUAGAAAUCUCCUCUCCCUCAGCCAACUCCUCGACAACGACAGUUUUGCCGGCAGCACCGAACUCCUUGUCCAACAUGAUGCUCUCAAGAGCAGCAAUGGCUUCAUCCAUUGUCUUGGGCAAGAUAACACCCUUGCCGGCAGCAAGACCAUCGGCCUUAAUGACAAGCUCAGUCUUAAGACCCCAUUCUUGGACACAUUUCUUGGCGGUCUCGAAGUCAGUGAAAGACUUGUGAGCGGUGGUAGGGAUGUUGUUACGCUGCAUGAAAUCCUUAGAGAAGGCCUUGCUUCCCUCCAUACGGGCAGCUUCCUUAGAAGGACCGAAGCAAGGGAUACCUACACGACGGAAAUGCGAUUCAAUGCCCUCAACCAAAGGAACUUCGGGUCCAGGAACAACCAAACCGACAGACUUUUCAACAGCAAAUGCAACGAGCUUGUCAAAGUCACAGACGCCGAUGUCGACGUUCUCAAUCUUGGAGUCCUUGCCAGCUGCUUGAGUACCACCGUUUCCGGGUGCAACAUAAACUUUAGUCACCAAAGGUGAUUGAGCAAGCUUCCAAGCGAGAGCAUGCUCACGUCCACCAUUACCAAUGAGAAGGAUUGCCAAGGACAUUUUCAUUGACUCUGAGAAACCUGCUACGUAACUCGUCAGAAAAUCGUCGAAAAAACACCGGAAAAAAAGCACACGAUAGUACUAGAUCGUCUCUCGUACCUGCUGAUGUACUGAAUGAAACUAUAACUAACGAAAUUGAGCAACUCUGGCA